GAGUAUAUUGAGAAUUUACUCUGUAGAAAUACAAUUAUAUCAAAUCAUCCCCCCGCCCCCGAGAGUGUCCAAUAGGCCCAACCUUUUUUGUGCGUUUUUUCUUUAUGGCGUCUCCACAGCUAGAACUUUACACCGCGCCAACACCCAAUGGUUACAAGGUUUCUAUCAUGUUAGAAGAACUUCAAGUUCCUUAUGAGCUGCACAAAAUCGACUUCAGUAAAAAGGAACAAAAGGAAGAUUGGUUUCUGGCUAUGAACCCCAACGGAAGGAUUCCUGUUAUAAGAGAUAAGCAAAACAAUCUUGUGCUGUUCGAGUCAGGAGCAAUCCUUGUCUACCUUGCAGAAACUUAUGAUAUGAAACUGUAUGGAGAAACACCGAAGGAGCGCUAUACUACUCUGCAAUGGGUCAUGUUUCAAAUGGGAGGAAUUGGUCCCAUGCAAGGGCAAGCAAACGUUUUUUAUCGUUAUGCUCCAGAGAAAAUACAGUAUGCAGUUGAAAGAUAUCAGAAGGAAACACGCAGGCUUUACGAAGUUCUGGAAACUGCCUUGAAGGGUAAAGAAUAUAUUACUGGCAAGUAUUCAAUAGCAGAUAUUGCGUGUUUCCCUUGGGUUGUCAGACAUGAAUGGGCUGGUGUCUCCGUAGAAGGUCUUCCUAACGUUCAGGGAUGGUUAGAUCGAAUAGGUAAACGCCCUGCUGUUCAACGUGGUUUAGUUUCGCCUCCUCGUGUCGAUACCACUGAUCAGAAGGUAUCGCAAGGACGCAGUAUCUUGGUUUGAUGUGUCCAGUGUCAUUCUUUUCGAUAAAAACUUCUCUUUCAUAAAAAUCUGUUUGAAAAA